UAUGGAUUUUAUAACAGCUCUUCCCUGGUUACGAUGGAUCUCCGAGAUAACAACUUCACCGGUUCCAUUCCAAAUUGGAUUGGUAAUCUUUCAUCAUUGAGUGUUCUUCUUCUGAGGGCUAAUCACUUUAAUGGCAAGUUCCCUGUUCAUUUAUGUUGGUUAGAACAAUUAAGCAUUUUGGAUGUUUCACAAAAUCAGCUCUCUAGUCCACUACCCUCCUGUUUGGGCAAUCUUACUUUCAAGGCAAGUUCCAAGAAAGCGUUAGUGGAUCUCGGAUUUGUUUUUCCAUCAAGGUCUAUAGAAAAAGCUUAUUAUGACACAAUGGGUCCACCACUAGUGGAUAGCAUCAAAAACUUGGAAAGCAUUUUUUGGCCCAACACUACAGAAGUAAUAGAAUUUACAACUAAAAACAUGUAUUAUGGUUACAAGGGAAAAAUUCUCACCUACAUGUCUGGUAUUGAUCUCUCCUGUAACAACUUCUUAGGAGCAAUCCCUCAAGAAUUGGGAAACUUAUGUGAGAUACAUGCAUUGAACCUAUCACACAACAAUCUCGUGGGAUCUAUACCUGCAACGUUCUCAAACCUGAAGCAGAUUGAGAGUUUGGAUCUUUCUUACAACAACUUGAAUGGUGCAAUCCCUCAGCAACUUACUGAAAUUACCACACUUGCAGUUUUUAGUGUGGCGCACAAUAACUUGUCAGGUAAGACUCCCGAGAGAAAAUAUCAGUUUGGGACCUUCGAUGAAAGUAGUUAUGAAGGAAAUCCUUUCUUAUGUGGACCUCCAUUGCAAAACAAUUGUAAUGAAGAAGAAUCACCAUCGCAACCAAUGCCUAAUGAUGAACAAGAAGAUGAUGGUUUCAUAGACAUGGAUUUUUUUCUACCUCAAUUUUGGUAUAUGCUACACAAUUGUGGUGAUGACGAUUGCAGCAGUUCUCUACAUCAAUCCAUAUUGGCGACGCAGGUGGUUUUACUUCAUCGAAGACUGCAUAGAUACUUGCAACUAUUUUGUGGUGGCUAGUUUUCGUAAGUUCUCCAACUUCAGAAGGUGAAUUUGUUUUGAUUGUUGCUGGGAAGGCAGUAGUUCCUUGCUUGUGAGUUAUUGGUCUUGUAUGUCUAGCAAUUGGAUACUUGGUAGUGUACUGUCUCUAUAAUAUUUUGAAAUAAAAAAUAAUAAUAGAAAAUGACAACAAUGCCUUUGAAUGAGUAAA